CUGGCCGGGCGACUUAGCGGCUAACACCAGCUUGCGAAACGUGUUCGCCGACUUUAUACGUAUUAAUGCUCACCACAGUUAAGUUAACCGCGAUGGCAUACGUGGCCACUCCGAUGUUAGCUUCCUCUAACACGAUUGCUCGGUACGGGGCUUCUUUUUGAGAGCAGAUGGCGGCAUUUGCCUGUUUUCUCAUCGGGCACAUUGGAAACACCAGGGCUGGAGCUGCCCCGCCGACAAGGCCCCGAGCGAGAAGGGCAACUUUGGUAGCGCCCGGAUGGAGUGGCAGCCAGACGAGCAGGGACUGCAGCAGGUCCUCCAACUGCUCAAAGACUCCCAGUCGCCCAACACAGUCACGCAGAGAGCUGUCCAACAAAAACUUGAACAACUCAACCAGUUCCCUGACUUCAACAAUUAUCUCAUCUUUGUCCUCACGCGACUCAAAACUGAAGAUGAGCCGACUCGCUCUUUGAGCGGUCUGAUUCUGAAGAACAAUGUCAAAGCCCACUACCAGAACUUCCCACCGACUGUUGCUGACUUCAUCAAGCAGGAAUGUCUCAACAACAUCGGCGAUCCCUCGCCACUCAUUCGUGCCACCAUUGGCAUCCUGAUCACUACAAUCGCCUCCAAGGGAGAGCUACAGACAUGGCCCGAAUUACUGCCCCAGCUCUGCAACUUGCUCAACUCCGAAGACUACAACACCUGCGAGGGCUCGUUUGGAGCACUGCAGAAGAUCUGCGAGGACUCAUCGGAGCUGCUGGACAGCGACGCUCUGAACAGACCCCUCAACAUUAUGAUUCCCAAAUUCCUGCAGUUCUUCAAGCACUGCAGCCCCAAGAUCAGGUCUCAUGCCAUUGCCUGCGUAAACCAAUUCAUCAUUGGCAGAGCUCAGGCCCUGAUGGAUAACAUUGAUACCUUCAUAGAGAGCCUUUUUGCGCUGGCUGCAGACGAGGACUCUGAGGUUCGAAAGAACGUGUGCCGAGCCCUGGUCAUGCUGCUGGAGGUCCGCAUCGACCGCCUCAUCCCCCACAUGCACAGCAUCAUCCAGUACAUGCUGCAGCGAACCCAGGACCCCGAUGAGAACGUGGCUCUCGAGGCCUGCGAGUUUUGGUUAACUUUAGCAGAGCAACCCAUCUGUAAAGAGAUGCUGUCUGGACACUUGGUGCAACUGAUCCCUAUCUUGGUGAAUGGGAUGAAGUAUUCAGAAAUAGACAUCAUACUGUUAAAGGGUGAUGUGGAGGAGGACGAGGCGGUACCAGACAGCGAUCAGGACAUCAAGCCACGUUUCCACAAGUCCCGCACUGUCACCUUGCAGCACGAAGGGGGGGAGGGCGAGGAGGGUGAGGACAUCGAGGACGACGAUGACGAUGACGACGACACGCUGUCAGACUGGAACCUGCGAAAGUGUUCGGCGGCGGCCCUGGAUGUGCUGGCUAACGUGUUCCGUGACGAGCUGCUGCCUCAUCUCCUUCCACUCCUGAAAGGUCUGCUCUUCCACCCGGACUGGGUCAUCAAGGAGUCUGGCAUCCUGGUGUUGGGCGCCAUAGCUGAGGGCUGCAUGCAGGGCAUGGUGCCCUACCUGCCUGAGUUGAUCCCCCACCUCAUCCAGUGUCUCUGCGACAAGAAGGCCCUGGUGCGCUCCAUUGCCUGUUGGACCCUGAGUCGCUAUGCACAUUGGGUGGUCUCCCAGCCCCCCGACUCUUACCUCAAACCCCUCAUGACAGAGCUUCUCAAACGGAUCCUGGACGGCAACAAGAGGGUGCAAGAGGCUGCCUGCAGUGCGUUUGCCACCCUAGAGGAAGAGGCUUGCACGGAGUUGGUUCCCUACCUGAGCUUUAUCCUGGACACGCUGGUUUUUGCCUUCGGGAAGUACCAGCACAAAAAUCUCCUAAUCCUUUACGAUGCCAUAGGAACUCUAGCAGACUCCGUGGGUCACCACCUCAAUCAGCCUGAGUAUAUUCAGAAGUUGAUGCCCCCCCUUAUUGCCAAGUGGAACGAGCUGAAGGACGAAGACAAGGAUCUUUUCCCACUACUAGAGUGUCUAUCAUCAGUAGCCACCGCUCUGCAGAGUGGUUUCUUGCCUUACUGUGAGCCUGUCUAUCAGCGCUGUGUCACACUUGUCCAGAAGACACUAGCUCAGGCAAUGAUGUACAACCAGCAUCCAGACCAGUACGAGGCACCUGAUAAGGAUUUCAUGAUCGUCGCCCUGGAUCUGCUGAGCGGCCUGGCCGAGGGAUUGGGGGGGAACGUGGAACAGCUGGUAGCCCGCUCCAACAUCAUGACCCUGCUUUUCCAGUGCAUGCAGGACACUAUGCCUGAAGUGAGGCAAAGCUCUUUUGCCCUUUUGGGAGAUCUAACAAAGGCGUGCUUCGUCCACGUGAAGCCUUGUAUUGCUGAGUUCAUGCCUAUCUUGGGGCUCAACCUCAACCCAGAAUUUAUUUCAGUGUGCAACAACGCCACCUGGGCCAUUGGGGAGAUCUCCAUGCAAAUGGGCACAGAUGUCAAGCAGCAAACAGGGGAUUGUACAGGUGCAGAGAUGCAGCCUUAUGUGGGUAUGGUCCUGCCGCACCUUGUAGAGAUCAUCAACAGACCCAACACACCAAAGACUCUGCUGGAAAACACAGCAAUCACAAUUGGCAGACUGGGUUAUGUUUGUCCCCAGGAGGUGGCACCACAGCUGCAGCAUUUCAUCAGACCAUGGUGCACAUCACUUAGGAAUAUCAGAGAUAACGAGGAGAAGGACUCUGCCUUUCGGGGAAUCUGUGUAAUGAUCGGUGUCAACCCUGCGGGAGUGGUACAGGACUUCAUUUUCUUCUGUGACGCUGUGGCCUCCUGGGUCAACCCCAAGGACGACCUGAGAGACAUGUUUUAUAAGAUCCUUCAUGGCUUCAAGGACCAGGUCGGAGAGGAGAACUGGCAGCAGUUCUCUGAGCAGUUCCCUCCUCUGUUGAAGGAGCGCCUGUCCGCCUGCUAUGGCGUCUAAGCCGACCUCCUCCUGGUCCGCACCGGACACGGACCUGUUAGGUUAAUGUAGGGGAGGGAAACUGGGGAACUCAUUGCACUGCCCAGAUCACAGGGGAAGAAACGAGCUGGAGGGAUGUGACUGGCCUUGACCCUGCAUUCAGCGGACGGCCGCCUUUCCCCUGCGCCCCAUGUGUCUCUGUGAGGGAGGGUGGGAGGAGGGUGGUGGGUGUGGGAGGGUAAACUGGGGAUAUACACAUACCUCUCGGAAUAAACGCCUCACUAAAUCCAAACUCACUCUAAAGUGACUUUCGCCAACAGCACCGCAGGGAUCCUAGGUGGGUGAGGGAAAUAACGGGGCUGACUUUGACCUCCCCCUCCUCAAUUUGAUUAUUCUGUUAAGAUAGACGACGGCUGGGAGGGGAGGGGGGUGGCAGAUUGGUACAUAAUAAGAAAUUAUCUGAACCAGCGUAGGGUGCCACAGUCCCAAAUACCACAAUGCACGUAGUCAGUAGAAACUCAUAAAUGUGUUUGAACAGGCUCGUGCCAGAGGCUAAACGAAAAAAAACCCCAACAUGCUUUUACAAUGUAACAAUGCAGGAAAUGUGCACAAUUUUUUUGUUUAUGGCAAAAUUGCAUAAACCAUCUUGUGUGCAUAUACAUGGGUCUUAUUCUCUUUUCACAUGUACAUUUAGUUGAAUUUAAUUUCCCGCCUCUUCCCUUGGUUGCUGAAAUCAACAUGCAGUAGUUCUGUCCUCUUACGGUUUUUUCCACCAUUAUACCAAGUUGUUGCAUGACAAAUGAUCACCUAAGUGACGCAUGUUUGAGUGAAUGCCUGUGUUGUUCUCUUGGAUUUAUAGCGUGGUCAGUAUGGGGGGACACUGCCAUAAUUUGAAGUUGUCAGGGGCAUAGUUCUUGAAAUUUUUUUUUUUUUACUCCCAUUCAUACCUAUCAUCUAAUCAAUGUAGUUUAAUGGAGGCUGUGUGUGAUGACCAACUAUAGUUCAAUCCAGGAAUCUGCUCGUGUCCGAAUGUCUGGAGAAUCUCUCACCGCUCAUACUGUAGGCAAAGUCGAGAAUCCUUUUUGCUGCUGCUGCUUCAUUUCUAUUUACAAAACGGACUUAAGGAGAGCGAUAAGACAUCACCGAGAAAGAAUUACUGAUAUAAAUGCACUUUUUCUUUUGUAAGAAAUUUUGAAUUUCACAUGUAAGGCAUACAGUAAUGAUAUACUGAUCUUGAGAUAUAGUUUUUUUUGAUAAGUGAUUUUAGAACUGUUAAUGGCUUGCUAAAGUAAGCGUAAUGUUAAGCAAUGGUAAAGUGACGAGGUAAAGCCUCUUAACAUAGUUUUAUAAUGUAGAGCCUCGUAAGAUCGAUUGAAUAGGAUUUAAGAGGGAGACAUCUUAAAAGUAUUUUGGAUCCAUGUCCCAGUGCACCUGUCGAUUUAUAUCUGCGUGUAAGGACGUCCCCGUCGUAUUCAUCAGAGCUUUUUGGUUUUGAACGGUAGCUGUUUAAGUCAUCUGAGCUUCUCCUUGUUAUGAACAUUGCAUGCUUUUUCGACGAGUCUUGCUCCUUUAUCAGCCAUUUUAUAACGAAUCCCUUCCGGAGGGAUCGACCUCAUAAGAGCUUUGUCAAUGGCAACACAAUCCGCUGCAGGACUGACAAAGUACUUCUCCAGCUGAGGAACAAACUAGUGAUUGCCGUUGCCAUGUCUUCACCCGUUGACACUGUGUAGGAUUAUGCCUAGGAAUACACUGACUGAGUCCUAAUAGUUCUCCCCCCGACACUGGUUAGCUUAUGUGAGAGAGUGGUGGGUCUUGAUCCAGCUUUAUCUUUUUAGUCAUUGUCCAUAGUGGACGGUUGUAACUUGUGUGUAUGGCUGUUUGCCUGUGUUUUACUAGAGCGGUGUGUACGCGAGUACUGCUUAGAUGUAACUUUGCACCAGCCCUACUCUGAAGUCAAGUGCAGGAUGCAGUUUGAGUCGCGCCUGGGUUGAUGUGGCCAGAGGGAGAAUGAACACUCGCCUGCCAAUGGAUGCUUUAAAGUCUAAGAUGAAGACUUGAUGGAUAAUGCUAAUAUCUAUUCCUGCCAGAAUCAUAAAAAAAAUAAGUAAUAAAUAAAAGCAUUUCUCUGAAAAUUACCGGUAAUGUAAUGUGGCAACAAACGAGGCUGAUCUUUGAAUUUUGCUGUAGCACAACUGUUGCUGCAGACUAGGAUGCAACAGCGUUUGGAUUCCAGACCACUUUCUCGAAGCUGUGAAGUCCCACAGGCUAAAUACUUCUCCAGGUUUAACUGGCAGGCGAGUGUUGACGGGGUGAGAGGUUGGCUGCUCAUUCUUCAAGGGGUGGACAGAUGCAGCAUUCAUUACAAGAAUGUUUUGAGGUGAGGCUCCUUUGCCACAAAGAAUUGGUAAAAAGGCGUUACCUCUCCUCACUAUGUUGUGAUCCACUAGGCUAUCUACAGGAUUAAAUUUAAAUGCAAGUUGUCCAAUUUUUUUAUUUUUUAUUUUGAUGCACAUGUGACAGUUAAGUUUUUAUUUAUUUUUUAUUUUGUUAAUUUUAAUUCUUUUUUAAGUUUUUGUGCUCCAGUGCACAAAUUGUUUUGGACUUUAAAAGUUUUUUUUGUUUUGUUCUUUUUAUUUAAAGAAUAAUUUGUUUUCGUUGUUUUAUAGCGGACCAUUUGACUAUGUCGAAUUUGAUGUUGUGUUUGGACAGAAGGCGAGUCGGUGCUUGGUGCAUACCUUUAGGGAAGAAUGUGGAAAAGUAAUUCACAACUUGUUUCAAUCUCAUAUCAAGGCUGGCAAAUGAAUUUGAUGUAAUACCUUUUUUGCUGAACUGUGGUGCAGGUGGGAUAUAUCCCUUUUUAUUUAAUUUUUGUGAAUAGGGGAAAAUAAAAGUUUUUUUUCUAUUAAA